GUGCGCCUGCGCUUAUCUCAUCAAGGCAUGUACCUUGAAACGAGGCAGUCCAAGCAAAACCGGGCCGACUUGACAGAAAACAGUUCAGAGCGACACAGAUAGAGAGAGUGACAGGGCACGCGCGCUCGCUUACGAUACACUUAUUGAAUGAACCACGUCUUCUUGAACUUAGCUGUUUUCUGCGUACUACCGCAGCUUUCGUUCUCUUUUCUCGGCAUAUUUUAGAUGCGCGCUUAUUAUAUUCAAUUACGAGACGUCUAUGACUCUUCCUUGAAAAAGAACUGUUUUAAAGGAAACGCAUCUAGGGCAUCUCUUCUCUAGGUGUUGCCACGAAGAUUAUUUCAUCAACAGUUGCAUGACUCUACUGGGGCUCAAUAUGACCACAGUAGUAGACUCGAAUACAGGUGGGGUAAUAUCGUACAUCGGAUCGUGCGGAGGCUCACCCAACCGCACCAGCCCCGUGUCCAUGUACAGUGAAAAUUCCAACAGCAGCCUGCAGUCCUUCACAACGCCUUGUUUCGGAUCAUCGUUCCCACCAUCUCCCAAUGGAUCCCACGAUUCUUCGCGCAUGUACACCAGCUGCAGCAGCAGCUCAAGUUCAGGAUCAGGUGAGGAUGGAAGCUCCUCGUGUUCCAGCGGAUCCCCGAGAGGCCGCGAUGAUGGCGGAAGUGCACGCAACUCUCCCAACAAAUCAGUUGCCGCGCUUACAAAACUGAAUGGAAUGGUGUUGCUGUGCAAAGUGUGUGGAGAUGUGGCUUCUGGAUUUCACUAUGGUGUCCAUGCCUGUGAGGGAUGCAAGGGUUUCUUUCGACGCAGCAUCCAGCAGAACAUCCAGUACAAGAAGUGCCUGAAAAAUGAAACUUGUACAAUUAUGAGGAUCAACCGGAACAGGUGUCAGCAGUGCCGCUUUAAAAAGUGUCUAUCUGUGGGCAUGUCCCGUGACGCUGUCCGUUUUGGCCGCAUCCCAAAGCGCGAGAAGCAGAGGAUGCUUGCCGAGAUGCAGAAUGCCAUGAACAACAUGGUGAACAACCAAUUGCAGAAGGAAUUCCAGAUGGCCAGCAUAACAUCCAACUGUUCGUCGUCUGCUUCCCCAUCUUUAUCCACGUCUCCGUGCAAGGGUCUUACUGUGGCACUCCAGCCUCCUGCAGUGACCACAGCACCAUCUCCCUCUCACCCUGCCCCGGACUCGAGGUUGAGUCCCCCACCUGUCUCCUCUUCCCCACCACUGUGCUGCAGCCCGGGUGUCGAAAAAACCAUCACCGCCAUAACCAGGGCACAUCGGGAGACCUUCGUCUACGCUCAUGAUAAGUUAGGUUUGACAAUGCUGCCUCACAAUGGAGAUAUGGACAACCGAAGCAACAAUCUCUGCACGGCCGGUUAUCACCUCAAUGGCCAAAACACCAUCUACCACCACGACAAUAAUGUCAACCUUCAUAGUAAGAACUUUGAGGCAUCAGUAGAAAACGGGCCACAUUUUCAGGCCUCCUCAGGGUCCGGAAUGAUGCACAAUAACAACAGUCAUUUCUACGGGGUCCACCAAGAGAUGAACAGCAGCUCACAGGGACACAACUGUCCGUGGAAGAAACGCAAAGAGAUUCUGCUGGCUUGUCCAAUGAACAUGCAUCCUUACUCGGACCCCAACAAAACACCUCAGGAAAUUUGGGAAGACUUUUCUCUUAGCUUCACACCAGCUGUGCGGGAAGUGGUGGAGUUUGCCAAACACAUCCCGGGAUUUAAUACAUUAUCCCAGAAUGACCAGGUCACUUUGCUGAAAGCUGGGACGUUUGAGGUCCUCAUGGUACGCUUCUCCUCUCUGUUUAACGUAAAAGAAAAGACUGUGACAUUCAUUUCUGGCGCCACCUACAGCCUGGAGGCUUUGAAAAGCAUGGGCAUGGGCGAUCUUUUAGGCAUCAUGUUUGACUUCAGUGAAAAACUCAACGCAUUAGAGCUGUCACCAGAAGAACUGGGGCUCUUCACUGCGGUGGUGCUGGUGUCUGCUGAUCGGUCUGGAAUUGAAAACGUGAAUUCAAUAGAGAUCCUCCAGGAAAGUCUCAUCCGGGCUCUUCGAACCCUCGUCAGCAAGGGCGGUCUUGGUGACCCAUCCCGAUUCACCAAGCUGCUGCUCAAGCUUCCAGACCUGCGCACACUGAACAACAUGCAUUCUGAGAAGCUGCUUUCAUUCCGCAUUGACGCGUGAGGUCACAGACAGAAAGGGAACCAAGAGAAGUCAAACUGAUGCCUUUGGACCGUAAAAUCACUCAGUCCCUUCAUAUAUCUGAAGGGACACUUUGAAAUAGUGUAAACGGCUUUAAAAGGCAGUUAAUAGCAUUUAUGGCCAGAUAGAGAAAGACUAUAGGGGACAUUUACUUGAAAUGGGUGGCAAGCUAAUUGAAUAGUUGGAAAUGUUUCAACGAACUAUUCCAGAGGGCGACGACUCAAAUUUGGACUUAAGAAACUGUGUAUAUAUGGGACCCUUGGUCAGACAGGGGAAGCCAUGGAACAAGUGCAAAAUGCUUCUUGCAAGGAUCUCCAGGCCAGUUCCAGACAGGAGACAGAAGACACCAGCUACAUAAUGUUUUCUCAUACCUAGUCAGGCCUGGGUUCCUGCUACACCCACAUUUAGAGAAUAAAUAUUCAUUUUAACUAGAGUAAAAAAUAAAAGUUGUAUAAAAUAUUAGCCUACACAUAUUCCCUAUCUGUAAAUAAAUGUAAAUAUUAUAUACAUAUUUUAAAUGUUUUACAUUGUAUAAUAUAUAUUUUUUGUAAAGUUCACAUGCUCAAUGGAAAUUAUAUAUCAACACAAAUGUAUAAGUAGAGUGUAUGCAAAUUCUAGGACAACAACCAGACAUGCAUUUCAAGAUGUCUUUCAAAUCAUAAAAGCAAUUUAUGAAA